UGACCCGAAUAAAUUUGGUGAAGAAAGAGAUUCCCCUGUACAUUCUCAUCAUGAAGGAAAGUUUACAAGCCAGAUAUCUGUGCCCGUCAAACCAAAGGAGUCAAACUGGUCAUGUAUUUCUGGUGCUCAGUUUGUAAAUUGUGUAUCUACUAAGGAUUGGCCCAAAAGUAAUCCAUUUGAGAGUUAUUCUGUCGUUGAUAAAGAGGACAGAGAUGGUCAAAGGUCACAUACAAUGGAUUCUGCCUCAAAGGUGAAUGAGAGAAUCAUAGGGGCCUUAAAGGAAGCUACAUUUAGAAAAAGAAUUGAGACUAAUAAUUCUUUAAUUGAAGAAGCCUCUGCAAAGAACCAACCUCUAAAUGCAACAUAUACUUCUUCAGAUUUAUUGACAUUACAACAUUUGAAGGUUAACUCCCAUAACAAUUUUCUGAGCAUGAUCCCAAUUCUGACAAAAACUAACAUAAUUCACAUGAUAACCAAGCCAGGAGAGAGAGACAGAACAGACUUUGGGGGUGCUUUACCUUACUUUGACUUUUCUUUCAUAAAAGACCCUUUUAAGGUGUGUCUCCAAAAGCCACCUGCAGGGCUUUUGGACUCCAGUGCCUCAGCUUCCAGUGUCUGGAGGGAUCACCUUGGAAAACAAUGUUCUGGUGGAGAUAAUGUCUUGAUUGAUAAGACCAAUGUAUCUGAUGUUCUUCCAUAUUCAGACUCAAAGGACCACAACCAGGCAGAUGCAAAUUUAACAAAUGUUACUGGUGGUAGUUGUUGGGAGAGUUUGCUUGGUAGAUUUAGUGACACUGUCGUUAGUAGAGUUGAAGAUCACAGACAAGGCACGGGAGACAGUUUUGAGAUACCACUUGAUUUUAUUAUUGACAAAUGCCUUCUGCAAUAUAAGUAUGUCAGCAAGCUAACUAUUAAGUUGCUUGAAGAAGGAUUUGAAUUGCAAGAACAUUUACUGGCUCUACGGCGAUACCACUUUAUGGAACUAGCGGACUGGGCAGAUUUGUUUAUUAUGUCUCUUUGGCAGCAUAAAUGGUGCGUUACAGAGGCAGAUCAUAGACUUUCAGAAAUUCAAGGUUUCCUUGAGUCAUCAGUUCAGAGGUCAUCAUGUGAACGCGACCCUCAUAAGGACAGGUUAUUUGUAUACAUGAAAGGACAUGAUGCAAUGACUCUUUCUGCAUCUGUUAUUGAUGUCCAUUCCUUCAACUUUCUUGGUUUGGGUUACCGAGUGGACUGGCCCAUAAGUAUUGUUUUGAGUCCUGGUGCAUUGAAAAUAUAAGCUGAGAUAUUCAGUUUUCUGAUGCAAGUGAAGCUUGCUAUAUUCUCAUUGAUUAAUGUAUGGCGCCCAUUAAAGGUAGGGAUUCUUUGGCUGAUGAAAAGCUUGUGGUAGGCUUUAUCUUUCCCUCACCGUAAAACCUCCUUUCUUAGCCAGAGCUAUGAAGCUCCAACUCUCAGAAGGGGGUGGGAUAACAUUUGUCGAUAGAAAUUGGGUAAUAUAGCAUUUUUCCCCACUUCUUUUGUUGUGUGAUUUGAAGCCUCCUAUUGAGAUUCGAUGUACUUUUAUCAGCUGAUCACUCUUCUGAGUUUAAGCAUUGAAAAGUAAAACAUAAAUAACUGGAAACCGAACUAAACACUGUUUGUUUUGUAAUAGUGGCAUUUUUUGGAGCUUAUUUAACUUCUCAUUUUGGAACUAUUAAUUUCUGAGAUGGGUUCUCUAACGUAGUUGUAUAUAAGUAAGCUUUGAUACAUGAGUUUUGUUUUAACUACACCUUUUUUUUUUUUAAAUUUUCAGUUUCUGACUGCAUAAUGCUUAUUUUGAUGUUCUUAAAGUAAUUAAUUUUCUGUUUUUUCUUCUUCUUGAAAUUCCUGCUGACUUUGAAAGGUCAACUAGAACAUUCGUUAAACUAUUAGCAUACUGUUCCAGAUUUUAUUUUUAUUUUCAUUUAACUUUGAAUCUGAAAAACAGGGAGAACAAGGAUUUUAGUGCAUAAAGUUACUUGGAUUUAGUCUUUUAGAUCAUGGAAGUGCAUGGUAAUUCAAGUGAUACUUUUUUUGCUGUCACACAAAGGAUACUAAAAUUUAUUUUUAUCUGCAGGAUUUGGUAUGCUCAAUUAGUCAGGAUAUUGACUCUGAACAAUAUGAUAUGGGAGCAAGCCAUUUUAAUGCAUUAGUGAAGAUGAGGUACAUGGAGCAGUUGUGAUUUUGUAUUUUGGGUUUUCUUUUCUGUUCAAAUGCGUAAUUCAUCUUAGAGAAGGAAUUGAUUUAGAUUAAUUGGCUGGGUUAGAAAUGGUUACUCAAUUAAGGCUUACGUUGGUUUCUAAUUGACUUACAUAGAGAGUGUAGACCAUUAUUAGAGUUUAUUUCAUCUUCUUCCUUCUAUUUGGGAGGAAUAUCUUCAUAAGGAAAAAAAGUUUGUUUUCUGGGUUUAAUGGGGAUGUUGUGAAAUGUUGUGAUUGUCAUGAAAUGUUGGCAACAUCGAGGAAGAAAUGGCUAUGCCCCUCAGUAUUGAUGCAGACUCUUCAAAAAGAGGACGCUUUGGCUGAAAUGUCGAGCUGUUGGUCGGCAUUUUCAUCCUUGAGCACUGGUUUAGUUAGUAUGGUCUUUUGCUUCGUAGGAGAGGCCUGCGUUGAAUCCCGUGUUCACCAAGCUUGGGGGCCAUACAGGUAGGAAAGGUCUAACUCUCACUCUGUAUUCAUAGGACCACUGGCCUCCAAUGGAGCAAAACGAGGGGAAAUAACGUGAGGAUAGGGCCUUCUGCCUAAUUGAUAGAUAAGUUUUGUAAGAUGUGCAGGGAACGAUUCUUCUAUUUAUUAUGAAAAAUUAGAACAACAAUCCAUUUGAACUGCCCUAUUCCACAAUUGUCUCGGGAUAUGUUUCAACGAUUUUUGCCUCUGGCAAGAUUGAAGGAUUUUCUUUCUGUGAUAUGUUUGUAGGGCUCUAGUAAUAAUAACGACUGUAAACUUUUGAAGAAUAUUCCUUCUGUCUAUACAUUAGGUAGUUACUUGUACCAGGUUCAGCUUUAACCUAGAUAAAAACUAAGAGAAAUUGUGACCAUCUUCUCAAACAAUUUAACUUCCUCACAGGAGUUUUAGUUUAUCAAAUACUAGCUAUAAGAUUUCUAAUUGAAAAUUAUGUUGACUAAUUUUCUCUCUGAACUAUGCCCAGGCACCAGGUCAAUCAUUUUGUAUCUACAUUACAGCAAUAUGUGGAAUCACAGUUAUCACAUGUUUUAUGGUGCAGGUUUCUGUACUCACUUAAACAUCAGGUUUGAAGCUUGCUAUUUUAUUCCAAAAAGUCUUCAUGCAAUUUUACCCUGAAAGUUGAGUUCAAAUGAUAAUUGAGGAAGGUUAAUAUUAGGACAUAAAUCUUUGUACAUCAACCUUGCGGUUGAAAUUUUAUGUUAUUCUCUUGUUUAUGUUCGAUAAAGUGUCCAUGUAAUGGCUGAAGGACCUUACAUUUGAUGGCAAUGAGAGAUAAAACAACAACAACAACAAAGCCUUUUCCCACUAAGUGGGGUCAGCUAUAUGAAUCCUAGAACACCAUUGCACUCGGUUC